AAUGGAAAGAAUGUUGAGAGCAGUAUGCUGCAUUGCAUUUGUUGUACUAUUGCAGAGUGUGGGAAGAGGAAGUGCUCAAGAUAGUUCUUGCCUGAACAAGGUUUCAGCUUGCUUAAUGUACCUCAAUGGAAGUGAAGACCCUCCUGAUAGUUGCUGUGAGCCUCUCAAAUCUUUGAUUGAAUCUGAUGCAGAAUGUCUGUGUAGCUUGGUGAGCAACAGAGGCACAAGGCAAGCAGAAAACGCUGCCAUUAAUGUCACUCAAGCUCAGCAAUUGCCUGCUAGAUGUGGCCAACAUGUUAAUCCAUUCUCUUGCCUCACAAGUUCACCUGGCCCAACGAACUCGGAACAAAACUCAGCAACAAAGUUUAUGCACGUGUCAAAUGGAAUUUUUAUGAUAAUAAUAUUUUGGUCAAUUAUUGCACGUGUAUAACCAGCAUUGGUUUUGAGACAUUAUCAAAGUCGUGCCAGAGAUUUUAAUAUAUACAUUUUUCGUAUCUAUAUAAAUAUAUAAAUUCAGAUGU